AUGUCGCCACGAGCGUCUUCAUCUACUCCGAGAAGCGCGUCCGCAGCUAGCGCUCCAUACCCACGACGAGCUGCUGGUCAACCAAAGUCUUCUAGGCAACAGUUCUCCGCUUGCGGAGCUUUUCGAUGUGACCUAAAAGACCUUCCCAUCACCCAGACUACAGGUGGUGUGCAGCAGCCUUCAUGCUCAAACUGCAAGGAACGUGGGAUCAAAUGCGUUGAUGAAUUUGCUGAAGUCAAAGCUGUAAAACUUUUAAGACGCGGGCGCCGUCUACAACAAGUAGAAGCUGUCUAUGGUAAAGUUACAGAUGACGAUUCAAACACGUCUUCGGCAAUGUCCACAGGAUCAAACUCCACGAUCCCAACCACGCUUUCCGCGGGGAUCGCCGUGCCCAGACAGAGCAUUAUUCCCCAGCUGACGCUAGAAUUCCUCAACUCAUCUUUCUUCCGCAGGUUCAGCAUCCAACGUCCUAUAAUCGAACCCACUGAAUUCACAUCAAGAUACUUUGCUCAUUUGAAGGGCACUUCCACUCUCAGUAUCGAGGGUCAGAUGAUUGCGAUGUUACUUGUCACAUGGGCUGCCUCAUUUGGCGUCAAUGAAAAUGGUGUUGAGGAGGAAGUAGAGCCGCAUUCCCCCACUAUCCCCGGCGGACCCAAGUUCUCUCCAGACGAUGAUGACGAUUUCUCUGACCCCAGCCGUCGCGUCCGUACUCUUCGUGUGGAGACAAUGAUCAAGGAGAUCCUACAUCUAAUCGAUACUCAUGCUCUGCUGCGACACCCGACUUGGGACGGUGUCAGGGUCCUUUUGCUCAUCCUCCCACUAACCCAGGGCAUCCAAAGUCCCAUGGACAGGGGAACUAUGUACGAGGCGACGCUUUCCCAAGUUUACACACUCUGCAGCCCGACCAAUCAUUCCGUGAUACACAGUGGCCAAGGAUCUUAUUGUGAUGCACUUGUCCGUGCCAGAGUUUUCUGGUAUGCCUACGUACAUGAAGGUGUCCGCACUGCCUUACGCGGUGGUCGGCUAUAUCUUGACGAGGAUGACCUUGUUGCAUUCCAAAGCACGCUCCCUCCUCAAUAUUGUGCAUCUGCAUCUGGCAGUGCUUCUUCCUCUACGUCUGCUUCAUCACGCUCCUCGCCUACUGCCACUUCUCCAGUGUCAUCCGAUUUCCCUGUCAAUUCUUUGCAGGAUCCUCGCGGCCACUCGCGCGCCUCGCUUUCUUACCUCCUCUCUUCCCAUUAUUUUUCGCUCGCCCUUGCCGUUUCUGGUGUUUGUCGUGUGGUUCACUCAGUGCUCACUGGACCUCGUGCGCGUCGUCGCACCGAUGCCGGUGUUGCCAUCCGCGAGGACUCCCUCGUAGAAAUCUGGGAUGGUCUCGAGCGGUGCUGGGAGGAUUUCGAGUCUCUCCGUCGUGGAGCGGGCGGCAUGGGCACUGUGGGCGGCGGCCUCGUACGUGGAGAGGAUGUCGAGCGUUUCGUUAGUGGAUGGCAAGUGUUCAUCUUUGAGUGCUUGAACAUCAUUCGGGAAACCGUGAGACAGCGCAUCGUUGCGCAGACCAAGGGUAGCCCCGACUCAAACGGUCAUUCCCCUCCCGCUGAUCGUGCCCUUUGUCGCAUGCUUACUCAGGCUACUCGCCGUUGCCGCCUUUUCCUUCCCCGCGUCAUUGCCAUCUUGAAACGGCACCUUGCUGUUCCCUCCAGCGGUUUCUUUGCUCAUGAUGCUGGCCUCAUCCGGGACGGAUGCUACUAUGCUGCGUUGCUACUUGCACAAAGCGAUGUUGAUCAGGAUGCAGAUAGUGAUCUGAAAGGCGAAGAUGGACUUGCUUGGGACAUGGACGCCGAGGACGGUGUUGACGUGUGUCUCCGCGCACUAGGAGAGAUUGGCUGGAUCUACGCCAAUAGCCAGGAGCGAGAGAAGACUGUUCGCAUGGUUUGGGAGGCACGGGUCAUCCGUGAUGAUGAGCGCCGUCGUGAACGCAACCGUCAGCGUGAUUAUCUUGAGGAUCAACGUGCUCAGGCUUAUCACUCAGGACAACGUUCGCAGGAUCGUUCCCCUUAUAUGAUUAACAAAUCGUCGCUGCCGUCGUCCGCUCGCGGCCAGGGAGCGACGCCUCGUUCGCUCUCACUUGUCUCAGCCGCUGGACAAUCUCGCCCUCAUCUUCCCCCGUUGUCGCUUGCCUUCUCUCCGGUAGACAGUGCUCCCAACACCGCUAUCACGGACGAUGGUAGUGGCAGCUGGACCACUUAUACGCCACCCACGACGUCGGGUUCAAUGACGAGUAACGCCACUACGAACCGCAGCGUCUCGCCACCCGAUUCUAAAUCGCCCCAUACACUGUCAUCAUUAAAACAUCUCCCUCCUAUCCAACACUCAUUGAAAACCGAGAAUGAUUCAUUUUAUAAUGGGGUCACUGAUCUGGAUCCAUUCUCAUUUUCUGUCGACAGCACUACCGGCCCCGGUGUCCCCCAUGCAUGGUCAUCGCAAUACCAACAUCAAGUUGGACCUGGUAGUGGUUAUCUUGACCCCAGCGUCAUUUUUACUGGACCAGAUUGUCCAACCUUCUAUCACUAA